ACAGUGUACCUUAAAUAAAAAAACAAAGGCCAAAUGAAACUUCCCUCAGCUCACCGUAAACCAUAAAGGACCAAUACAAUAAAAAGCCAUAAAUAAUAUUUUUUGAUAUUAUAUACAAAACCGCUCGGAGAAACCAUGGAAUUACCUUCAAUGGUUCAAAGAUCCGGCGACACUCUAAUAGUGCGCAGUGUAGUUAGUGGUAAUCCCAUUUAUAUGGAUCAAGAAUCAGCAGGAAAUAACAAUAAUAAUAACAACAAAAAUAACAAUAUGAAUUCCCCACAAACAUUAGCAGUAACGAACAAUCCCAACACCCUACUGAUGGAACAUUUCCAACAACUGAAAAGAACCCAAGAACAUUUAAUGCAACAGCAACAACAAAAUAUUGUCCAAGAGCAGCAGCGUCAACAGGCCGCCGCCAUGGAACUUAAAGAGGAAGGUUUGCCGCAAUGUAAAAUUAAACGUAAUUAUAGCUGUAAUUAUUGUACAUAUUUCACACAAAAUCCUCGCUACCACCUGACACAUCUGCGCGAUGUUCAUGGUGAGAAAAUAGUUAUAAAUAAAUGCAAAUUGUGCCUGUAUGCCUCCCGCCACUAUCAGAAACUGGUGCGUCAUAUGAAAAUGGUGCACGGUUGUACCGAUGGCAUAGCCAGCGGUCAUGGUCAGGCUCGUGGUAAGCGUGGCAUGAAUCGUGAGGCGAGGAAAAGGAAACUGGAGGAGAGCGUACCUGCCACGGGUGUGAUAAGUGCUUUGAGUGUGGAGGCUAUAAAUGCGGAACAUCUUAAAGCCGACAUGGAGCAUCAGAAAAUGCAACGUGACAUCGAAGCCUUUAAAAAGCAACAGGAGGAACAACAAAAAUCUCAACAGCAGAAAUUCAAUGAAGCCAUUUUUGCUGCAGCCGCCUAUGAACAGUUAAGGGUCCAACGAGAAAUCGAUAAUAGAGAAUCUCUAAAAGUAGCCGCCACCCAUUCCAAUUAUGAACAACAGCAACAACAAACAUCACCUGUACAAAAUCGUGAAGAUAGUCCUUCCCAAAAUAGAACUUAUGAAACCGCCACACCUGCCCAUCAACAACAUCAUUCGACACCCCUACAAAUGACACCACAACGAUCAAGUUUAGAAUUAACACCUUCUCCUUCGGGCAGUAAUUCCUCACCUCCACCAGCCUUAGCACUACCACCACCUGGCCAUCAGCAGCAUUCAGAUGCUAGAAGUGCAGGUAGUGUUACGCCUCUGGGUGCUUCCGAUGAACCCUCCAAUAAUCGUUUAAUGAAAUGCAGUCUAUGUGAUUUCACCACUUUGUAUCGCAAUCAUUUGCUGGAACAUGAAAUCGAAGAUCAUUGUAAUGCCAAGUUUUAUCGCUGUGAGAAGUGUUCGUAUGUCACACAUAUUAAGGCUCGUUUUAGUAAACAUGUCAAAUAUCAUUCUAUGCCCAUGAUCAAGUGUGUCACGUGUGAUUUUCGCACACCUUACAAAUGGAAUCUGGAUCGUCAUAUGAAAAAUCAUGGUGGAGCGGGUCCUUUUAAAUGUGCUGCUUGUGAUUUUACUGCUGACAUUAAACAAUCGUUAACAGUUCACGAAAUGAAUCAUCAUGUACCACCGGUAGGUCAUGCAGCUGGCAUGACUUUAGCACGCAGACGUAAUAAAGUGGGAGGCACCGACCUCAAUGAGGACUUUUUCAGUGAUUCUGCUGAAAUGUUAGAGGAUCAUUUCAACAACAACAAUAUGGAUGAAUAUGAUGAAAUGCUAAUGACAGCUGGUCCCAUAGGCAUGUAUGAAACGAAAAGAUUGCGUUAUGAUGAUGAUGAACCCACGGAUUUAUCUCAAAAAGGUGGCUCUUCUGAUACAUCCUCCGUACAUAACUCCAAUUUGAGUAUACCGAAAGCCAAGAAACCCCUACCGAAUCUUAUACCCAUAACAAAAGAAAGCGAGAAUAUUUUGAAUCUUUCCACGGACUUGGCCUCGCGGUCUUCACUGUCGGAAAUCGCCUCCAUGUUUUUCAAUGAAAAACAAAUUUCGGAAAUGUUGCAACCGGCAGAUAAAACAGAGGCUAUGGCAGGAGCGGCUUCGCAAUUAUCACCCACCACCACUAUUACCUCUUCAGCCAGCAGUAGAAGUUUGUUGAAUCGCAAGACAGGUUCAUUCUUCGAUAAGAUAAAGUCUUCCUCCGCCACUAAUGAGAAUUUGAUAUGCCCCUGUGGUCACAUGGCCAAGUGCUUAUCAGAGUCUAUAAUUCAUCGUAAAACUUGUACGUUUUCCCCACUCUCCGCCAACGAUGACAUGGACCUGGAUGACGAUGAACAUGAUGAAGAUGGUGAGGAGGGCCGUUUAGAAAUUGAUUUUACCGAGGAUGAAGAAUGUGACAAACAAUCACAUUCGGCUCUUAAUCUCAGUGUUACCGGUUCGACACGUUGCCAGCAUUGUCGUCAUCGUUGCAAGUCUUCGGUGGAUUUAUUGAAUCAUUUGAAAAUCUGCUCCGAGGCUAAUAGUCGCUGUGAUUCUUUGUCUGGCGAUAGUUGUGCUGGUAGUCGUGUUAUGCUGGGUGAUACUAGUGCCAACGAAUUGCAACAUCCCAUGGAAAAUCGUGUUUUUAUUUGGAAUAAAUUACCUCGCAAUCAGCAAGAAGGUAGUGGUGGUGGCAGUGGUUCUCAAAGUUCUGACGGCAAUCAACGUCAACAGCCCAUUAGUGGCAAUUCGUCUUCCAAUGCUGGUGGCAGUUUGUUGAGUGCAAAUAAUGAUGAGAAUAGUUAUUAUGGCGUGGAGACAGCUCCUGGCUAUGGAGAGGUAACUAAAAAGAUGACACCCGAAGAAGAGGCUGCCAAUUCGUCAUUGAAAAAGGUCUACAAAUGUCCUCAUUGUUCAUUUUGGGCUUCCACAGCUUCCCGCUUUCAUGUACACAUUGUGGGGCAUUUAAAUAAGAAACCAUUUGAAUGUUCCCUGUGUUCUUAUCGCUCUAACUGGCGUUGGGAUAUUACCAAGCAUAUUCGCCUAAAGACCAUUAGAGAUCCUAGUCAUAAAAAUGCUCGUGUUCUAAUGAAUGACGAGACCGGUAGGCGAAACUAUACAAAAUACAAUAAAUAUAUCACGCUAAUGAAAGUAACCGAAGAAGAUGGUGAUCCGAAGCUAAUGAAAUCGGGAGAAAUGACCCCGAAUCAGGUAGCUUCUUUGGCUUUUAUUAAUGAUUACAAUAACAAGCAGCAGAGUAACACUUCGACAGCCAAUUCAACAGUUAAUAAUAUUUUAAAUGGUGUAAGGGAAGACAUAACUUUAGAACCUAUACCAGCUAAGGCAUCAGUACCUUCAGUCGAUGAUCAAUUAUCGGAUAAUUUUAUACGUUUGCCCUUUUUGGCUUCCAUGGUCAAUGCAGCCAUGGCUCAGCAGCAACAACAAAAUGAUAAUGAACAAAAUGCCCCCACAUUAAUAACGCCCUCGGUAACAAUAUCGGCUGUAAAAAAAUCGCCACCUGUUAAUCAAAAUUACAAGCCGAGUGAUGAAAUCACUUUGGAAGUUAGACAAGAGGGCAAUGAGAAAAUCACCAACUACAAGUGUCGUAAAUGUAAUUUUAGACAUGUUAAUCGUGAUGCUGUUUUAGCUCAUGUUAAAGUACAUUUUCCGGAUACAAAUCAUGCUAUGAUUUCUCCCAAAUCUUUACAACAAAUGUCUUCCAACAGCAAUGGGCUGCAAGUGGCAGUCAAUCCAAAUCUUUAUAUGAACAAGGUUUUGGCAGCCAUGUGUCUUUCCCAGCAGCAGCAGCAACAACAACAACAGCAGCAGCAUAAUUCCAACCCAAAUGCACAAUUGACCAAUUUAAUGGCUGCCGGACUCUUGGAUCAAGCCAAUAACACCAAUUUAAGCGGUUUAGCUUUAGCUCUGGCCGGUAAAUCUCCCCUUAAGACAUCACAUUUAAAUGCAGCUGCUAAUAUUAUUGAGCAUGGUGAGCAGAAAGCGAGUCUAAACGAGGCAAGUGCCCAAAACACUACGACGUCGCCAAUUCAAUUAACUUUAAAAACUUCACAAAAUCAGCUACAACAGCAGACACUUGCGACGUCUACAUCGUCAGUAACAGGUGUUGGGUCGACGGUGUCGACAAAUUCACCCUCCUUACAGCAUUUAUUAACUUCACCCAGAGGCUCUUUCUCACAAAAUCAAAAUGAUAAUUUAAAUAAUGAUACAAUGGUUAUGGGUUCAACACUACUUAAAAAUAAGUCUGGAUUAAUGACAGCAAUGUCACCGUCACCAUCAUCGGCUACACCGAAUACAAUUGUAACUACCACUACUACUCCUCCUACAACUCCAAAUCAUCUAGCAUAUCAAUUAAAUCAAACAACACCCUUCUCACUGCAUCAUGGUGAAGGGUGUGGUGGUGGUGUUGGUCUAUUAACUGGUGAUAUUAUGGGUGGUAUACAAGAUCAUCAUCAUCAUAGUAUGGUUAUGGGUGUUGGUGGUACUUCCUCCUCCUCCGAUCAUAUACCAACUAGUACUGUAAACAUCAAUAAUAAUAACAAUAAUAUGGCGACUUCUUUAUCCGCCGCUGCCUCAUCUUGUUCUACAUCAUUAUUGUCAUUGUCUAAUCCAAAUUUUAUUCAAACUCAGACUCAAAAUCAUAAUUCAUCUUCUAGUAAUAACAAUAACAGUAAUAAUUUGGGUAAUUUAUCUGGUAAUGGUGUAUCAAACAAUAAUAGUAACUGUAACUAUAACAAUAAUAAUGUUAACGGUAACGGUAAUGGUAACAACAAUAACAAUAAUAAUUUAUUAACGCACGAUACAACUGCCGCCGAUAGGCGUGAUCCAUCGCCAUAUCGUUGUGGUCAUUGUCAUCAAGUAUCAAAUUGGAAGCAUGUUAUUCAGCGUCACUGUCGCUUGAAGCAUGCUGGCGUUAUCAAUAUCGAAACCCUUGAUCGUACAGCCACAAACGAUCGUCAUGCUACACCCAUCUAUAAGCCUUUAGUAAAUGGCGCUACCAAUGAAAGCAACAACAACCAUAAUAAUAAUAGUAAUAGCAACAAUACAAAUUCCACUAAUAGUCAUUAUAAUUUGACUUUAAAGGCUUUACAGCAGCAACAAAAUCAAAAUAAUAAUCAUAAUACAGUACUUAUCAAUAACAAUAACAAUAAUCUACAACUUAAAAAUGCCAACAAUGUAUUAAAAACUGAAACAAACAACAAUAAUAACAUAUUGCCAUCAUCCAUAGCAACGGCUUUAAAUGCUGCAAAUACCACACAGGAUUUACAAGCAGCUGUAGUAUAUUUAGCUGCAGCCUAUAAAGCUGCUACUAACCAAACAAAUAGUGUUAAUACUUUAGCCAAUCUACCGGCUAUUACUAGCAUGGCAGAGGAAUUACUUCUGCAACAGCAAUUACAACAAAAUGAUCAAAUUGAAAUAACCAGAGUUUCGUCUUCAAAUCAUAAUAACAGCAGCAGCAAUAAUAUCUUAACAACCCCUACAACGGCCAACAAUUCAAAUUUGGCUCAAUUAUUGGAGUCAAACUUAAACUCUGCCUCAAAUCGUGUUUCUUCGCCUCAGCACAAUGCCAAAUCGAAACAGCAAAAAUGUCCUCUUUGCACUUAUAUUUGUGAUAGUAAAUCUCAAAUGAAUUACCACAUUUCCUUGCAUAAACCCACUCAGUAUGAGUGCCGCAUGUGUACUUUCGUUUGUGCCAAGAAACAACAUUUGAGUUCUCAUAUGCGCACAGUGCAUCAAAUGCAACAGAAUCAAAUUUUGGCGGCCACAUCUAAUCCAUCGCAGACAACGAAUGCAAAUAGUAUCAAUAUGGAUUUCGGUUUAGCUUUGCAAAUAGCUACAGCUGCUCAAAAUCAGGACUCCACCAACUUAACAACACCACUGGCCAUCGAUUUAUCUGCUUCACCAGUGGCACGUCCUUCAACUACCUUAACACAGAAUAACCAACAUCAGAAUCAUCAAAGCCAAUUACCACCGGAAUAUCAAUAUCGUAUGAUCUACUAUUGUAACAAAUGUCCGGCUCGCUAUGCCCAAAAACACAAUGAUCCAUUAACGGCCCAAAAAGAUCUAGAUGAACACUUAAGACAACAUGAAAAUAACAAUUCCAGCAGCAGCGAAGAUAAACGCAAGUAUCACUGUGACUACUGUGAUUAUCGUGCUAUGCAUGAGUCCAUUAUACAAACCCAUCGUUAUGUGCAUACUACACAAUAUCAAGAGAAAUGCAAUGAAUUGUAUAAGAAUUGUAAAGAGGAUUCUGUGUAUCGGGCACCUAAACUAAUGCAUAUAACCGCCACCAAAAAGCCUCAUAUGCAUGAGACUAUUUGGGUGGUGGAUCAUGACUUAAAUGAGGGUCAUCAUCAUCAGCAGCAGCAGCAACAAACCAAACAUCAUCAAAAUUCGGUAAUAACCUCCAGUUCGCAAAGUAAUUCCUAUGAAGCGGGUAAUUCUUUGUUAAAGAAGCAAUUAGAAUCAAGGCAAGUAUCAGGUUCAGGAACAGCAACUGCAGCAGCUAAUGAGGAGUUGCGUAACAGUAAGCCAAAUCAAGCCGAAGCCGAUGAUUCUAAUACCGCUUCUACCUCGGCCUCAGUGGCAACUGGUGAUUUGGCUCAUGAAAAUGAAUCUCGUCCUAUACCCAUCCCCGAAGAUGUUAGUCCAGAAAAAACCUCUUCGGACAAUGAUAAUAAAGAAAAGUGUGAACAUUGUCCUUUUGAAAGUUCCAACGAGGAAGAAUUUAAAACUCAUUUGCAACAACACAUUUGUGUCUCCCAACAAAAAUUGGCUCACAUCUGUGAGCAUUGCGAUUAUUCAGCCGAAGAGCAGGAUCAAAUAGAAGAACAUACCCGGGUACAUUUCAAUGGUAAUGAAAAGUUAAAGGAUGUUAGUUUCUUUACACGCUAUGAUAACUUAGAAAUAAGUAUGAAACAACCAAAUGAGGAAAAUAAUGAGGAGGAAAAUGUAAAUAUUAAAAAGGAAAUUCCUAAUAAUAACAAUAAUGAAGAAAAUCGUGUUAAUGAAAACUUAAAAGAUUCCUCUGGGGAAUCUAUAAAAGUUAACACCGAACCAAAACAACCCAAAUGUGCUAAAAUUAUUCUAUAUAAAAAUGAUGGCUGUUUAACCAUCAAAAAAGAAACAAAUGAACAGUCUAACCAAAACCAGCAGCAGCAGCAGCAGCAGACAAGCAACAACAUCACUGAAAAUAUAAGUGAUCGUUUGCGCCGACGUAUAAGUCGCCAGGGUGCUGCUGCAGGAGCAACAUCGAAUCAAGAGGAACAAACGUUGACUGCCACGUCAACUUCAAAUACAAGCCAUAAAACUAUACUAGUUAAUGCCAAAACUGGUCAAGUUAUCAGCAGGAAUUAAAUAUUAUUUUUUAUUAAUUUUAAUAAUUUAAAACAAAUUAUUUUAAUUUUUUAAUUUUUAAAUUGCUUUAACAUAUUAUUAAACAUUUUCUUUGUUGCUUUUAAUUGUUAAUUUGAAAACAUUUGAAGUCACGUUUCGUUUGUGUUUGAACUGUAGUUUUAUUUAGUUUUAUUUAAUUUUAAUUGUUAAAUUUUGUUUAUUUUUUUUAAUUAUAACAAUUAGUUUAGAUCUUUUUGUUUUUUAUUCUUGUUUGUUACUAACGUUUUAUUCUGUUCCCACAGUUUGUUAAAAAUAAUUUAUAAUUUUAAUAUUAAUGAAAUAAUAUUUAAGUUUUUAUGUUUAAAAAUUAUAUUUAGUUAAAAAUAUAUCAGGCAGGGGCAGCAAAUUGGUUUAAUUAUUAAUAAAAAUUUUAAAAUAAAUAAAUAAUUAGAGGAAGUUUAUAAACAAAAAUAAUAAUUUAUAAAAAGAAAAUACACUGUGAUGUUCAAAAAAGAAAAAUUAAAAUUUAUUUAAUAUAAAAUGUUUAAAAAUUAGUUAUACAAACGUAUUAUAUAAACAUACUUUAAAAAAAAAAUUAAACAAAAUUUAAGCAAAUUUUUAUUAUAAAUAAUUGUUUGCAGUUUUGAUGAUGAUAAUGAUGAUGCUGCACCUUAAAAAAAUUACAAUUGCACUUUAAAAUUUAUGUUUUUGUAUUUAACACAAUUUUUAACCUUUAAACCAUAAAAUUCACAAUGUUAUAAACAAUUUUUUAAAAGUAUUAACAGUUUCAUGUUAAACUUAAAACAGCAAAUGUUAAAUAUUCAUUUCUCAUUUGCCAGACUUAGUGAAUUUUUGUUUAAACUUUUUAAAGUGGAAUCUUUUUUUUUUUAGAGAAAUGACUUAAAAUUGGUGUAAAAUUUGUUCCUUUUCUAAAUAUUUUAAAACAUUUUGAACAUUUCUAAUUAAACAACAAAAAUGAGUAGCAAAAUAGUCAUUUAUUUUUAUUAAAUCUACAUACAUACAUAAUCUUGGUAUUAUGUAGACAUGUUUGGUUUAUUUUGUAAUAACAAAAAGCUCUAGUUAUUAAUAAUAAUAAUAAUAUUAUUAUAAAACAUAUUCUUAGAUAAUUUUAUGCAUAAACUUUUAACAAUUUACAAGUUAAAGUUGUUUGUUUUUCUAUAUAAAUUUUUAGUUCUUAGUUAUUUAAAAAUGUGUAUUUUAUUUAAAAUAUAUUCCCACCUUAAACAAAUAAUUAUAAUUAAAUUCCAAUUUUUAAAAUAAUUCACUAACUUUUAAGCAAAUCAAACACUAACCAAAAUUUAUUUUCUCUUGCAAAAUAAAAAGACACAAAAAAUUUAUAAAAAUUGUUAAUUAAUUUUCGUUUGGUAUUAAAUUUGAAAAGGUUUCAAAAAAAAAAAACAAAUUUAAUUUAAUAACUCUUUCAGCAACAACUUUAGCUUGUAAAUUGUUUAUUUAUAUUUUGAAUAAAUAUAUUUUACAAACAAAACCAUAACAAAUAACUUAGUUUAAGAGAACAACUUAAUUAUAAACAAAAUUUAAUUAAUUAAAUACUUGUGGAAUAGCGGGGCCAUAAUUUUAUUGAUAAUUAUAUAUAAAAUAUAUAAAUUAAUAAAAACAAAAUUUAAAGAUAAAAAUUUAAAAUGUACAAAUAUUUCCAUAUAUAUUGUUAAAGAAAAAUAGCAUUUAAUCUAACAAAAAAGAAGUAAAAUUGGUGCAAAUAGGAUUCUGUAGUUAAAAUAAAAGCUAUAAAAUUCAAAAAUAUUAAAACAAAUUUUCUUAUUAAUAGAAAACGUCUAAAAGAAACCCUAGUUUUUAUUUAGGCCUUAAUUAUAAUUUGUUGUUUGUAUUAUUUUUGUUUUUUUCUUUUUGCUAAAAUAGUUUAAAAAAGAAAAUCAAGCACACAAUAAGCACACUUUACGCACACAAUUUUAGAAUAUAUUUUGAAAAUAAAAAAAAAAGUUUUGAAAAAUAA